GCUGAUUUCGGUUAAUUCCGAUGACUGAAGAAAAACAGAGAAGGACAGACCUUCGUUUUGCGAGCAUACACGCCAAUCGCGCCGUUGCUCAUCCAUCGGUUAUACAUACGUUGCUGUGUUUUUUUUGUUUCUGAGAUCCACGUACAACAUCGUAACCAUCUCGUGUAUAUAAGCGGUGCGACGAUCCGGCAACCCGCGCAUAUCGAGAAAUCAAGUAUCAUGUCUCACGGCGGUAGAAACGAAUGUAGAAUAUAUGUUGGGAAUCUGCCGCCGGACAUCCGUACGAAGGAUAUCCAAGAUCUCUUCUACAAGUUCGGUAAAGUUACUUUCGUUGACCUGAAAAAUCGCCGGGGUCCGCCUUUCGCUUUCGUUGAGUUCGACGAUCCAAGAGAUGCAGAGGAUGCAGUGCAUGCAAGGGACGGUUAUGACUAUGAUGGCUAUAGGCUAAGAGUGGAGUUUCCUCGAGGUGGUGGACCUAGCAACAACUUUCGUGGUGGACGUGGAGCUGGAGAUAGCGGUAGAGGUGGUCGCGGUGAAAUGAGCAAUUCUCGUGGUCGUGGUCCACCAGCACGUAGAUCACAAUAUAGAGUUCUCGUUAGUGGUUUACCUCCUUCGGGUAGCUGGCAAGAUCUCAAGGAUCAUAUGCGCGAGGCUGGUGAUGUAUGCUUCGCUGAUGUUUACAAGGAUGGCACUGGAGUGGUCGAAUUUCUCAGGCAUGAUGACAUGAAAUAUGCUGUGAAAAAGUUGGAUGACUCGAGAUUUAGAUCACACGAGGGAGAGGUAGCUUACAUACGGGUGAAGGAAGAUCAUAGCGGUGGUGAUAGAGGACGCAGCGAAGAUAGGGAAAGAGGUCGUAGCCGUUCUCGCAGUUACAGUCCACGACGUCGUGGUUCUCCUACUUAUUCGCCAUUACGGCGUAAUUAUUCGCGAUCAAGAUCUCGCUCCAGAUCUCGUUCGUACGACUAGUGUGUACGUAUGUGUUUCACAUGGUAAUAUAAGUACAGGUUUAUAUUGAUAUUUGCUCUUUACCAUGUUUCAUUAUUGCUGAUUUAAACUUCACUCGGAAACUUUUCCUUCAGUCCAACGAGAAUUUUGUAAAAACAUUUAAAUUAAUUUCUUGAAUUGAUUGCUUGACUUUAUUAACUGAUUAAUUAAUUGUAUUGUAUCUCUGAUGUGUAAUUAGAGCACGGUUUAUUUCGUAUAUACGUCACGAUUAUACUUUAAGUUCUUUACUUUUGAAAAACAUGUCAUUCAAUCCAGAAGCAAGUUGAUUUAGCGAUUUCAUUUUUAGUCAUCAGUCUAACAAUAGCACUGGAUAUUUCAAGAUAAUUGUGAUAAUCCUAUUGAAUCUUAUUAUCCUUAAAAAAGUGAAAUCGUGCUCGUAAUAGUUAUUUCUCAUUCAAAUUCAUGGAUCUAAUGUACAUUGAAAGAUACAUUCCUUCACAUAUACUUGUCAACUUGUUUUGUCAUCACUACCACUUAUGAAAUGUGUAACAAUUUUGAUGUAUUAUUAAUGAGCCUUCUGAAACAAAAUUAGAUCUAAAUUUUUAAUAUUUAGCUAUCAUUUAUUCUGGCUUAACUUUGAUUAUAAGUGGUAAAUAUACCAACAUCAUUAAUGUAUAUUCUUCACUGACAAUAACUCGUUUACUAAUACACGUUUCUAACAAUGGUAAUUACUUUAAUGUAGUAUAUAAAAUAUAUCCAUGCUCAAGUUUUCAUUUGUAUUUGGAUAUACUUUGCAUAAUGAAACACAAAAUUUUAAAGCUUGCCUAAAAAAAAA